AUCAAAAUAUUAAUUCACAAGAAUUGAGGUCUUCGCAAGACGCCAUGGAUAUUCUGCCUACGGAAAAUAACGAAUCACAGACGUACUCGAAAGAUGAGGAUGGCAAUGAGUCCAGGACAGGUUCAAGAAACGUUGAUGAUAUCGAAUCACAGGCCAACUCAAAAAAUAAUGAUGCUGUGGAAUCGCAAGAGAACUCAAAAAAUGGUGAUAUCAUUGAAUUUCAAGUAAGCUCAAAGGAUGAAUCCCAAGCAAGUACGAAGAAUGAUGAUAGUAAUGAAUCCCAAGCAAACUUGAAGAUUAAUGGCAGUAAUGAAUCCCAUGAUGCCCUUAAGAAUGAUACUAAUAGUGAACCUCAAGAAAACACUAGUAAUCACGUUACUAAUAAAUCACAGACAGGUUCGAAGACUGGUGAUAAUAAUGGAAACGUCAUUUCAUAUAAGUCAAGACUUAUCGCGCAGCCAAUUGUAAACAUCAACAAAGUAUUGUUUCGGUGCUUUCGUUGUUAUCUUGGUAUGCAUCAACAAUGCUUACCUCCACUGAACAAUGAAAAAACCAUAGAAGACAAAAUGAAAUUUUACCGGAGAAAAUGGACGUGUCACUUUUGUCACAAGUGGGAAUAUAAUAUAGAUAAAAUCUUAACUUUUCGAUAUACAUCGACAAAAGGCAAGGACAAUGACGAUUCUUUAAUGGAAAUAGACAAUUUACUUUUGUUCGACGAAUUUAAUGCUUACUUCGAAGUGGAGUUUCUUGUUAAAUUCGAAGAUUUAUCUUAUCGUAACGUAGAAUGGGUGCCAGGUCCUUGGUUGAUGGGAGUUGCCCCCGCAAAAUUUAGGAAUUUCAUUAAAUCAGAACCGGAACCGUUACCCGUCGAGACUGUGAUACAUAGUGAUUGGACCAAGGUGGAUCGUGUUCUGGAUGUUGAAUACGAAGAUGGUAAAACACUCAGGGAUCUACUAAAUAGCAUGACCUCUAAAAAGAAGAGUAAAAAAUCUAGUGGAAAAACAAAAAUAAAAAGUGCACUUAUUAAGUGGAAAGGAAUAAAGUAUAGUGAUGCAAAUUGGGAAGAUAUAUCCGACCUUGAGAACACAAAGUUUAAAAACGCACUUCAAAUUCGUAUCAAUGCAUAUAAUAUUGAACCGGUGGACGAUGAUAUCAGAGACACUGUAUUCGUAGAGAUCAAAAAACAGCCCAAAUAUCUUGAGAACCCUAAACGCACAAGAGAACCGUUUAGCAAAUCAAACCCAAACCCAAAAUAUGAAAAUAAACUAAAGGAGUAUCAGUUGGAUGGCUUUAACUGGCUUCGACAUAACUGGUGCAACGGUACCUCUUGUAUACUUGCUGAUGAUAUGGGACUAGGAAAAACGGUUCAAGUUAUAUGCCUCAUCAUGUAUUUAUACAAGGAAAAGGGACGUCAUCCGUUCAUCGUAGUUGCCCCUAAGUCUACAACGGCUGGGUGGGUCAGAGAAUUCAAAAGAUGGGCUCAUGAAUUGGUUGUAGUUGAAUUCCAUGGAGAAGGGGACUCUUGUCAACUGAUAGCCGACUACGAAUUAUUUCCCGAUAAUGACAAUUUGAAGUGUCACGUGGUCGUCACAACUGCUGAGGCGAUUGCAAAUUAUUCUUCUUUAUUUUCCAGGGUUCCCUUGUGGGAAGUAUUGAUUGUAGACGAAGCACACAGUUUGAAAGCCGGGGAAACUACACAGCUGUUCAGAAACUUGAACAAAAAGUUAAACGUUUAUUUCAAAGUGUUGCUCACCGGAACUCCGUUGAUGAACAAAAUCGACGAACUUUUUAAUUUGCUGAAUUUCCUUGGGCAUAAGGAAUUCUCGGAUCCCAAGAAGCUGGCCGAAGAGUAUCAAGGUUUGCCCUCUGCAGAGCAACUUCCUGCACUGCACAAAUUACUUAAACGUUACUUUUUGAGACGCACCAAGAACCAAGUCGACUUAGGUCUUCCUCCUAUGGACGAUGUUAUCGUACGUGUGAGCAUGUCGCCAAUUCAAAAGAGAAUAUACAAGGAGACCUUCGAGAAAAAUGCUGAAUUUUUACGACAAGUCGCAAAGUCUCGUAAUAGAUCGACUGGUUUUUCGAAUAUUUUGAUGACUUUGCGUCAAAUUGUUUCUCAUCCAUACUUGAUCAAUCGUGAACAAGAGAAUUUGAGUAAUGAAGAACGGCAGAAAAUGUUGGUGGAAUCAAGUGGAAAACUUAUCCUUUUAAAGGACAUGCUGAAGAAAUUAUAUGAAACUGGGCAUAAAGUACUUAUAUUUUCUCAGUUUCUGGAUAUGUUGUCCAUACUGGAGGAAUUUUGCGAAGAUAACAGUUAUCUCUAUACAAAGCUUGACGGAUCAACAUCACACGAAAUGAGGCAAAAAAAUAUUUCUGCUUUUCAGGCACCUGACUCAAAAAUAUUUAUAUUUUUGCUUUCCACCCGGGCUGGUGGAGUCGGUUUGAAUUUAAUGGCCGCGGAUACUGUUUUUAUUCUUGAUCCGGAUUUCAAUCCUCAUCAGGAUCUCCAGGCGUUGAGUCGAAUUCAUAGAAUUGGUCAAAAUAAGCCCGUAAAAGUCUUUCGAUUUGUAACGCAGUUUUCUGUUGAAGAACGCAUCGUUGAAAAGGGUAAACUCAAAUUGGCUAGAACUGAACUGGUGGUGGAGAAGAUGGACGACGAGGUUCUUGAUAUUGAUGAAGUAGAUGAUAUCAUUCGUUGUGGUGUUCAAGCUUUAUUUAGCGAAAAUUCAAAUGAGAAACCGGUAGGGGUUUAUACCGAAGAGGCCAUAGAAAAGCUAUUAGAUAGAAGUCAGAUGCGGGUUGAGAAAGAGGCACCCGAUGCAAAUAGCUUGACGGGAUUUGCUUUUGCUAGAGUUUGGGAUAACGAAAAUCAAGCCAUUGUCGAGGAUGAAACGCGAAUCGAAAAUAGGGCUGAAGGUUCUGAAACAAAGGAUUUCUGGGUAAAACUUCUUGCUCAUGUUGACACGGCGUCAAAAAUUGAAGAAAAUCAGUUGGGAAAGGGCGCAAGGAAUCGAAAAAAGAUUGAUUAUUAUGAGGGUGAUCAUAGCGCGUCCAGAAAGCCAAGAGGAAAGAAGAAAAUUACCCUGGACCCCGAUUUUGUUCCUGUUGAAGUUGUUGAAACCCCGACGCCAUCUUCGAGCAGCGAUGAAGUUGGAGACGAGGGCUUGGAUGAUAAACAGAAUGUUGCAAAGGCGCGAGUCAAAAAGAUAAAGGUUAAUGGAGAAAAUGAAAUUGUCUUGGAUUUGCCAAAAUCACAAUCAGAACCAAUUGGUCCAAAAUUAGGCUCGUCACUAACAAAUAGCAUUCAACCCGUCCAAAAUGGUUAUGCAUAUACCGGUGGUGCUCCUUAUUCUUCAAAUACGCAACCACCAAGUCAAAAUUUAUCUUUUCCUAAUGGUAAUCGAAGGCUAAUGCCUAAUCCUAUAAACUCGAGUAUAGCGGCAAAUCUUAGAAAUAAGAUCAUGUCGGCAAACCUUAUUGAUCCAAAUGUAGCAGUCGGUCAUAACAGUUCUAACAUAACAGCCAACCUUAAAAAUUUGACUAUAGCGGGAAAUCUUAAUUCGGGCAUACCAGCAAAUCGCAACUCGGGCAUAGCGGCUGUUGUUAAUCAGAACACCGCGACUAAUGUUAAUCCGAACAUCAUUACUAAUGUUAAUCCGAACAUCAUUACUAAUGUUAAUCCGAACAUCAUUACUAAUAUUAAUCCGAACAUCACGACUAAUGUUAGCUCAAACAUCGCGACUAAUAUUAAUCCGAGCAUAGCAGUCAAUCUUAACUCGAGCUUAUCGAGUAAUCUUAACAAUCUAAGCAUAGAAGCUAAUCUUGACAAAUCGAAUGGGGCGACUUACCUCGUUUCUGGCGAUAUUACCUCAAAGAUUCCAGAUUCUGGUGAAAAUACCGGAAAGCCUGCUAAUUUAACGAACAUCUUACCUCGUCCUGUUGGAAUUGAUGUUUCACAAGCUUCACGCAGCACACCAUUGUUCAAGAGUUACUACCCACAAGAACGAAAUGUUGAUAAAUCACGAGGUUUGAUCCCAGAGCAGAAUUCCGCAAGAUACAUAAAUUCCCAGAAUGGGGCUAGUCCCCAGUGGAAGAGUAAUAAUACCUUCAGCCAACAGAGAAGCAAUCAUCCACUGUAUGCAAAAAAUACUGGCGCUAAUGGACCAUCGAAGAAUAGUAUAUUAGAACCAUUAGUAAUUAUAUCAGACGAUGAACAAACGACGAGAAUCACUCCAACCUCGAAGCAGGGAGCGAUUAAUCCAAAACGAGAGGAGUUGAUUAAUAAAUAUAAAAAUUGGUUUGAUCAAUUGCAACUUAGCGGCGAAGAUUUGGUGAAAAGGUUACGUGCUUUGAAUAGAGUUGAUAGAGAGUUACGGCGGUUGGAAUUCGACGUCGAAGGCUAUAUUGCUGAACGGGACUUGCAGAAUAAACUCGAUCGCGAAUUGAUAAAUGAAUAUAGAAGUUUGCUAAGACAUAUAGGAGCAAAAAUAGAUAGAAUAUAA